AUGGGGCAAAUUGUUGGAUGUGUGAAAUAUGUAUUGUUCAUUUUCAACUUCUGUCUGUGGUUGCUCGGUUGUGCCCUCCUCUCUGUGGGGAUCUGGAUGAAAGUGGAUGGAGAUGCUGAUCACUUUGUUCAGCGGAUGUCAGAUCUGGACACCGACAAGGAAUAUCAGAUAAACUACAGCGCCACGGGAAACAAAGACUUGUCAGUAACCCUGUCAUACCUUCUUAUUGUGUUUGGAAUCAUCCUGAUCGCAAUCACCUUCAUUGGUUGCUGCGGAGCUGUGAGGGAGAAUAUGUGCCUGCUGGGAGCUUUUGCCGUAUGCCUGUUUGCCCUGAUGGUGGCUCUGCUCUGCAUUGGUACCUGGGCCUUUAUUAGAAAGGAUAAUUUGAACACCCACACGGAUGAACUCAGAAAUCAGACAGAUGCCAAUCUGAACAAGGGGAUCAGUUUCUAUUAUAGAAACGAUAUUUCCAAGCAGUUCGUUGACAGUGUCCAGAAAAGGUUCCGUUGUUGUGGUUCUGACGAGGCUAGGAGAGACUACAAGGGUCGUGUGCCUGAAACAUGUGAACCAAAUACUUACUCAAGGGGUUGCAACUACUACUACUUUUGGUACAUUGCAAAUGAGGUCAAAGAAUUUCUCAAGAAGCGCUACACAGUCAUCGGUGCCCUUUCUAUUGGUGUAGCCUUGUGUAUGGUUUUGGGUAUUGCCUGCAGUAUUCUUCUGUGCAUCCUCAUUAGACGAGACACAAGACUGGUGGUAACCUGA